AUGGCUAUCGCAUCAUUCUACGCCUUGUUGUUCAUGUUGGGCACGUGUGGAAAUGCCGCAAUCUUAGCCGUCGUUCAUCACGUGAAAGCAUCGGAUUCCAGAUCGAGACACAAUACAACAUUGACUUACAUAUGUAUAUUGUGUAUAGUGGACUUCCUCAGCAUGCUGCCACUUCCGAUGACCAUCAUUGACCAGAUUCUCGGGUUCUGGAUGUUCGGAACAUUCGCGUGCAAGCUCUUCCGGUUACUGGAACAUAUCGGGAAAAUUUUCAGUACUUUCAUUUUAGUAGCUUUCAGUAUUGAUCGGUACUGCGCUGUCUGUCAUCCAUUACAGGUCCGAGUUCGAAAUCAUCAAACAGUUUACAUACUUCUCAGCACCAUGUUUCUUUUCACAUGUAUUCUGUUAUUUCCUAUACUACUAUACGCACAUUCAAAAGCGUAUCUCAUGCCUUUACUAUUCAUGAUUUACUUUUACUAUGGAAUGCUGAUACGGCUGUUCAAACAAGCGCGAGCUGUUCGACAGACGAUGAUCGGUCGACGGAAAGGCGUUGACGAAAAGAUACCAAUCGGACAUAUCGCCGUAUAUACUUUAGCAAUCUGUCUGUUCCAUUUUCUGUGCUGGACGCCGUAUUGGGUGUCGGUACUGUACUCGCUGUAUGUUGAAAUCUUCAAUCCUAGUGCAAUGCUUGAAAUGCCGUCGUUCAAGUUCAUUUACUUCAUGUAUGGGGUGCAUGCAUUACCGUAUAUCAAUUCAGCAUCAAAUUUCAUACUUUACGGUCUGCUGAAUAGACAG